ACACACAAAUGGGAGAGAAUAGGCGAAGCGGGGUGAAAGCGACGUCAGUGCCCCUCCGCGGUCAUGGAAAAUGCUCCUUUCAUCAAUAUAAAGCUCCCCAAUUUGUCCGCGAUCGCCAAACCCGCCCCGAUCUCGAUCUCGCUCUCUGUCCGAUCCCUCGCCGGGCGUCGACCUCCACCGGCAGUUUUUCGAGGAUAUCGAGAGUUCUUCUUAGGGCCGUCAUCAAUCAUGUUUAGUGGCUGGAAGUGCUGGACUUUCGGAAAAGGUAAGCUGAAGACCGACGCUCAGCUUCUCACGGCGAUGGACAAGCUGGGGAAGACAUCUUUAAUGCUGGAGGAAAAGGAGAAAGAAUUCAAAGAGAAGGCUUCUCAAGAGGUUGAGAAAUCGAAGGAGCUCACUAGAGCAAAAGAUGAAGCAGUGGCACGUCGAUCCUUGAAGAAAAAGAGACUGUAUGAACAGCAGCUCGAGCCGCUUGGAAAUUCCCAACUUCAGAUUGCUGGUCAGAUGAUAAUGUUGGAAGGAGCAAAAGCAGCAACUGAGACUGCAGAUGCUCUGAGAACUGGAGCAGCAGUAAUGAAAACAAUGCAGGAGAAGGCAAAUAUGUUUGUUGUCAUGGAUGAGGUGAAUGAACAAAAUGAGUCCACGAGACAAAUGCUACAGGCAAUCUCAGCUCCUCCCGGUGCAGACUCUGAUGAGCAGGAGCAUGAAGCGGAUGCUGAGUCCCCCCCUCUUUCCUCAGAUUCAGACUAGGAAGAUGAGCUGGCUGAGUUGCAGGCUGAGACGGCAUCUUAAGCAGAUCUGCGGUUCAUGGUCAACUGAGGUUGUGUAGGACUUGUCCAGCCUGUAAUCAGGAAUGCUCUUGCUGCUGCCUGUAUUCAUCGAUGUUUUUCUUUGGUAUAAUACUGAAAAGACAUGUAUUUUUCUUUCGGGUACUUCCAGCGUGCUCUCUUUUCUUAUUUCAACUAAAUGUCCAACAUCAAGCUUCUGCUUGUUGUUUGGAGGACAUCUCUAAAUAUCUCAGGUAAGAUUUUUAUCUUCUCUGUGUGCCCCUGUUAAGAUUAAUGCAGUCCAAUCUUUGAGUUGGGCUUCCUCAUCAUGAGCAAUAUGCUUUAUCAUA